GGCAUGUUUUCACCAUGUAGGAUCAAAUACACGGGCUCAGCUUCAAACUUGCGCCUCUCUCACAACAACAUGUAGCCUGUGCUGCUUUGGAUCCAACAGAGGAAACGACUUUCAAAGCCGACUGUCUGAUAACAGCACACGGAUUCCUCCUGAGGACAAUACAAUAAUAAAAAACAAAUACAGCGGUAAGACUGUCACCCAGUUUUAACAUACAGAUGCAGAAAAUGGCAGCCUCAGACAUCUUCUACUUCACCCUGUGGACUGCCACAGUCUUUGGCAUUGGGAAUGGAUGUCCUGAGAUUUGUUCGUGCUCAGAUAAAUAUGAGCGUCAUUUUGCUGAUUGUACCUUCAAAGAGUUACCUGAAAUCCCAAAUGGACUUCCUUCCAAUGUUACAACUCUGAGCCUUUCUGCCAACAGAAUCAGUCUGAUAACUUUAGGAAGUUUUGACAAUGUCACCAGACUAACGUCACUGUGGAUGGCCAACAAUGAGAUUGUCUCCAUCGAAGAGGGAACCCUUGCACAUUUGGUUCAUUUGGUUAACUUAGAUAUCAGCUACAACAAGAUAACCGACUUCCCAUGGGAGGAUCUGCAAAACCUCACAGCUCUGCAGCUGUUGAAGAUGAACCACAAUGAAAUGGUCAACUUGCCGAGAGAUGCUUUCUCCAACCUAAAAGACCUGCGGUCCCUCCGCCUCAACAACAACAAGUUCAUUACAAUUGCUGAAGGAACUUUUGAUGGAUUGAUUUCCCUGUCCCAUUUACAGAUUUAUAACAAUCCAUUCGCAUGCACUUGCUUCAUUGACUGGCUAAGGGACUGGAUUUUGACAACCACCAUUUCAGUCCCAGAGCAGAAGUCCAUUGUUUGUGCAACCCCACAACGACUUAAAGGAGUAAUGAUUGUGAAAUUGCCUGAAUCAAAGUGCACAGGCCCUAAUGUCACUAUAAUAACUGAGCCAAAUAUUCAUAACACAACCCUCCAUGAGGAUAGAGUUGUAGUUUUGACUUGUGAAUUUAGUGGCAACCCAAAGCCGCUGGUCGUAUGGAACAUACACAGCAAGACUCAGAGAGAAGAGAUAGCUUUGCCGUUUAGUGAGAAUGACUCAGCAGAAUCCACUGAGGACUCCUCACUGGCCUUUAAUUCAGUCAGGGUUUUUAAUAACGGGACACUCAUUAUAUCUCACAUUAGUAAGAAAGACAGUGGCAAUUACAGCUGCUCAGCCACAAAUGAAUUUGGUAAAGCUGAGGAUCUGGUGUCAGUGGAAGUCGUGGCUUCACCAAAACCAACACCCACCAAGAAAGUGACGACGACACCCUUUUUCAUUAGGACCAACCCACCUAUACACCAACCUGUGGACAGAACGUCUAUUUUUGAUCUUGUGCAUCUACCUGAUUUAAAUAAAAAAGACGUCAUAAGUGUCAUUCCCACUUUCGCACCCACUGCGGAGAUCGAGACUGAUUAUUAUGAGCAAACACCAAAUUAUCCAUCACGUGCUAGUAAAUGCGGAUUGACGGCUAAUACAAGGUACAUUUCUAACCAUGCCUUCAAUGGCAGUCUUGACCAUGGGAUCAAGCAGUAUACAUUUGACUUUGGUGUUAUUGCCUUGGGUGUGUCAGAAACAGAAGCAAAAGUACGGCUCAACCCCCUUCUCGUACCCAAAGAGAGGAGCAGCAUCCGGCCCAGUGCCUCAGAUAGCCUCCGCACCAUCAACAAGGAGCAUCACGGCCUUUCAGAUGUUUCUGGUAGAGCCAGCUCAAAUGGCUUGUAUCUGUGUGUCACCGCCGACCGCAAGCACUCAGCUGUCCAGUGGUCUAGGAUCAAAGACGGCGUCAACACAUAUCUCUUCAGCGGUUUACGCCCCGGUACCAACUACUCCCUGUGUCUCACCUACAGAGGGGAGGACUGUGAGGUGCAAGUGCGAUUCACCACCAGGAGAAGGGUGCCUAACCUGUUGAUCAUCAUCUCCGUCAGUAUCUGCCUCCUGACCGUGUCCACUGUGCCUCUUCUUGGGGCCACAUGCUUCCAUAUGGUAUACAAAUACCGCAGCAAGACAUACAAAUUAAUACUGAAGGCCAAGGACCAGUAUCACAUGGAAAAGAACCUCGCCGCCAACUUUAAUAUCCAUACAUCUCACACUGAUUCUCAGAGACAUAUUAACAGCAGUGAGCUGGAUGAGGAGGAGGGGGAGAGCAGAGAUGGAGACAAAGAGGCAGAUACAGAGGAAAGCGUAGUGACUGAGUCGUUUACUUUGUCUCAGUACAGGGGCAACUUAGACGACUGUGAGAUAGGAUCAGAGUACAGUGAUCGGUUGCCAUUAGGGGCUGAAGCUGUCAAUAUUACAAGCAACUACAAUUAUCCAAGUCAUUAAUCUCGUUAUUGAUUGUUUCUGCUGCACCAUCUUGUCAUAACACUGAGAGUUCCUGUACUGUAUGCUGUAUUGGUUUAAAGGAUAACAUUAGUGGUUUUUUUUUUAAGUUUGUGCCAAUAGUCUGGGCUUCCUUUCUCCUCUCCUUUCCAUUCUUCCUCUCUGGUGUCUGCGUUCAGUCGGCAUAGUUGGGAUUAUCAGGGUUUGUUUUUCUCUCUUCAGACAAAAGGCGCUCGCUGCCGUUCCAUCUUGUACAGUAUGAAAAACACGAUCCACAGAGCUCGCAGGGCCAGAUUAUCCACCACAGGAAACAUCAAGUAUGAUGUUAACAUAUGCUUUUUGCAGAUUGUGCGGUAUCUGUGAGAUCAAAGGUGAAAUUAUGUAAUUGCCUCCUGUGAGACUAGUCUGAGCAGGGGACACGUAUCUGCACUAAUUUUGUUGCAAAAAAAAACAACAAAAAAAAAACACACAUAGAUUUCACAUCGCUUGGACUGCGAGAACCAUCAAAGCCCAUGAUUUGUGUGUGGCUGUGCAUGAAAUGGCUCUUAAUAUGUUUUAUUUAUUAGCACUAUGUUGUUGUUUUUAUAUCGUUGCUGCCUUUCAAUCACUUGACUCCCACAGGAAGAAACUGAAACCUCUGCCAGGAAGUAAUCUAUAAAAAUCCAUCACCUCUCUAACUUUAUUGUCACAUUCAUGCAUAUUUUUAUUCGGGGCCACUUUGUUAUGCAGGGCAGAGGCGUUUUCCAAUGAUGACCAGUAAAUACAAACUAAUCAUAAAAAUAACAAUUAUAGCAUUGACAAAGCAUUGCAAAAUCAGUGCCAGCACUUCAUAUGUGCUGAGGUGGAUGGGUGGGGUGACGAAUUACGCAUGAUUGGAGGGAGUGAAACUGUGUGUGGGAGCACAAUGAGUCACUGAACAAACAAGAGGGAGAGUGCAGACCGUGCAGAGCGCAGACCUCCACCAGGGCGUCAGCUGGACGUUUGGGCCCUUUUUGUGCUCAGCCACGCCCCCUAGAGGAAAUGCUGUUGUCAUUAAACACAGCCAGUCGACAUGGAAAGUUUCCCAUCGUGUUUCGUGAUGUCAUGUGGACACAUUUGGAAAACAACACUCUGUUUCUGCUACGCCUCACGCUUUCUAUGUUGUUGUCAUAGGACAGCAAUAUUGAGGUUAACGGUUAUGGUUAGAACUAAAAACAAAAGUGUCUUUUGGUUAAGUGCUCACACUGACCACUAAAAGUUUGAGAAAUGUAAAUUUAAUGUACACGUAAGUAAAUGGUCUAGAGCUCUAAAUUACAUCAGUAUUCUCUUUAAAACAGUUUAUAUGUGUGCUGUAAUGUUGAGACUGUAGUAGUUCCAAAUACCCUGAAAAAUAUACAAACUGAGUCCUACCAACCGUAUUGGAGUUUAAAUGUUUUGAAUGAACAGUGUUGUUUCAAAUAGCAAGCCAGUGGGUUCUGCAGCUGGCUGAAGGUCUUUGUCCUAUAAAAUGUUGUCCAUAUUUCCUGUGAAGAUAGUCGUUUUAAUGUACAAUCAAAUAAAACGUGUGCUCUUUAUCAAGUUGGUAAAAUGUCAAUAACUUGGAUAUUACCCUCCUCAUCAAGACUAGGGAGACAAAACUAAAAUAGUACCUCAGUGUAUUGGUCGAAGCACUUGUGAGAGUGUAUUUGAUGUUAGUGUAAGUAUGCUCUCUCAUAUUGGGGAUGUGUCCAUCUCGCUGUUAUCCCAAAAGUGUGGUGGUAGAAGAGCUGCGUGGUGUUUGCCUUAAGUGAUGAGUUGCAGUAUGCUGUGUUUUGUGUAAAUAGCUGUGAGUCAGAUGAUGCCAUGUGGGUGUUUGCCGCUGUCCUCUCUUGCAGCUUCCUACUGCUGUAAAGCUGGUAAUUGUCAAGUUUUCAUCAAAAUGUUUAAAUAUCCUCACUGGCUAUUUUCCUCAGACUAUGUGCCUCAAUAAAAUUUUGACAAAGAAA